AUGGGUUGUGCUUAUUCCAAGGCUUGCAUUGGGCAGAUAUGUGCUCCAAGAGAUUUGGAAGUGAAAGACCCUGAAAAUGUUAAAGUAGUAGUUGAGAACACUGUGUUCUCACCUGGUUCCUCAGAUGGGGAGGAUGCAGAGAUUAGGGAGAGGUUAAAUCAGUUUAGUGUGGGCAGGGAUCCUGAAAUUGGUAUAGCUAGGUUGUCUCGGGUCUCUGCGCAAUUUUUACCACCUGAUGGCACGCGAAGUGUGAGAGUUCCAUCGGGGAAUUAUGAGCUAAGAUACUCGUUUUUGUCUCAAAGAGGGUACUAUCCUGAUGCUCUUGAUAAGGCUAAUCAAGAUAGUUUUUGCAUUCACACUCCGUUUGGGACGAGUCCGGAUGACCAUUUAUUUGGGGUUUUUGAUGGCCAUGGAGAGUUUGGAGCUCAAUGCUCGCAGUUUGUGAAGAAGAAAUUGUGUGAAAAUUUGCUACGGAAUAAUAAGUUUCAUGUAGAUGCUGUUGAGGCAUGCCAUGAUGCGUUCUUGAUGACUAACUCGCAAUUGCACAGUGAUGCUUUGGAUGAUAGCAUGAGUGGGACCACUGCGGUUACUAUACUGGUGCGAGGAAAAACAAUUUAUGUUGCCAAUUCUGGCGAUUCGAGAGCUGUCAUAGCUGAGAAAAGGGGAAAUAGCAUUGUGGCAGUUGAUCUAUCGAUUGAUCAGACACCAUAUCGGCCUGAUGAACUCGAAAGGGUUAAGCUUUGUGGAGCAAGGGUUCUCACCUUGGAUCAGAUUGAAGGACUGAAGAACCAGGAUGAGCAAUGUUGGGACACGGAAGAAGGCGAUGAUGGUGAUCCUCCUAGACUAUGGGUACAAAAUGGGAUGUAUCCUGGUACGGCUUUUACAAGAAGUAUAGGCGAUUCUAUUGCUGAAACUAUUGGUGUUGUUGCAAACCCUGAAAUUAUGGUCCUGGAGCUCACUCAAAAUCAUCCUUUCUUUGUGAUUGCCAGUGAUGGUGUAUUUGAGUUUCUCUCCAGCCAAACUGUUGUUGAUAUGGUUUCGAUGUAUAAGGAUCCACGGGAUGCUUGUGCUGCCAUAGUUGCUGAAUCAUAUCGCCUCUGGUUACAGUAUGAAACUCGUACAGAUGACAUUACUGUGAUAGUUGUGCAUAUUAAUGGAUUAACUGAUGCUGCUGGUGUUGAGCCCAAAAGUUAUGAAGCAGUUUUAAGACACCCUUUGCCUCAGGUUGUAGAGGCAUCGGGAUCAGAAUCUCCAGCAGUCAUGAGCUGGAACUCAAGGAACCAACGAGCUAGGCAAGAUAUAUCACGGGCACGGCUCCGUGCCCUUGAAAAUUCCCUCGAGAAUGGGCGGAUCUGGAUGCCUCCUUCUCCAGGCCACAGGAAGACCUGGGAAGAAGAAGCACAAAUUGAGCAGGUUUUGCACGACCAUUUUCUGUUUAGAAAACUCACAGAUUCUCAGCGUCAUGUCUUACUCGAUUGUAUGAAACGAGUGGAAGUUCAAGCAGGAGAGAUUGUAGUGAAGCAGGGUGGAGAAUGUGAUUCUUUUUACGUUGUUGGAAGUGGAGAAUUUGAGGUCUUGGCUACACAGGAUGAGAAAACUGAAGUUCCAAGGGUUCUACAGCGAUACACAGCUGAGAAGCUAUCGUCCUUUGGAGAAUUGGCACUGAUGUACAACAAACCUCUCCAGGCUUCUGUUCGUGCUGUAACAAGUGGAACUCUCUGGGCACUUAAAAGAGAAGAUUUUAGAGGCAUUCUUACGUCAGAGUUUUCUAAUUUGUCGUCAUUGAAACUGCUUCGUUCUGUAGAUUUCCUUUCAAGAUUGACGAUUUUACAGCUAAAUCAUAUGGCAGAUUCUCUUUCAGAAAUUACUUUCUCUGAUGGGCAAACGAUAGUAAAUAAGGGUGAAGAUCUCCUUGGCCUGUACAUCAUCCAGAAAGGGGAAGUGAAGAUUACAUUUGACAUUAAUACGGUAAAAAGCGAAAACGCAUCGAGUCUCAUUUGCGAAAACCAGAGGCAGGAUUUGGCGGCAAACAUCAAGGGCGUUUCGUUGCAAAAGACCGAAGGGAGCUAUUUUGGAGAGUGGACACUUCUCGGUGAACAUGUUGGCUCCUUGAGUGCCAUUGCUGUGGGCGAUGUUGUGUGCUCUAUCUUAACGAAGGAAAAGUUUGAUUCCGUGAUGGGCCCUUUGACAAAGCUUUCACAGGACGAUCUCAAGGCCAACAACUACCCGUCAAAUAUCUCUGAAGAAUCUAACAAAAGCUUCGACACUUCCGAUCUUGCAAAUUUGCAACUCGUUGAUUUGGAGUGGAAGACAUGCCUUUAUUCCACAGACUGCAGUGAGAUUGGCCUUGUUCGUUUGAAAGACUCAGAUAAGUUGCUUAGCCUGAAGAGAUUUUCAAAGCUGGCGGUUAAAAAGCUCGGGAAAGAAGAACAAGUUUUAAAAGAAAAGGAGUUACUGAAGCAUCUGGCCUCAACAUCUUGUGUGCCUCGAGUUAUUUGCACUUGCGCGGAUCAAACUCAUGCCAGCAUACUUUUAGAUACACGUCUUGCUUGCCCUUUGGUUUCAAUACUUCACGUUCCCCUCGAUGAGGCAUCUGCACAAUUUUGCGCUGCAUCGGUUGUUACCUCCUUAGAGGACUUGCAUAAGCAUGGGAUUCUGUAUAGAGGCGUGUCGCCUGAGGUACUAAUGUUAGACCAGACUGGACACAUACGGCUUGUGGACUUCAGAUUUGCAAAGAAAUUAUCUGACGAUGAGAGUCAGAGAGCAUUUACAAUAUGUGGGAUGGCCGACUCUUUAGCUCCAGAAAUCGUCCAAGGGAAAGGCCAUGGUUUUGCGGCUGACUGGUGGGCUUUGGGAACGCUGAUAUACUUCAUGCUACAAGGCGAAAUGCCAUUUGGAUCAUGGAGAGAGAGCGAGCUUACUUUUGCUCGAAUUGCAAAAGGGCAGUUAACGCUUCCAGAAACUUUUAGCCGUGAAGUUGUUGAUCUCAUUUCCAAGUUACUUGAAGUUGAUGAGAACUCGAGACUUGGAACUCAAGGCGUCGACUCUAUCAAAACCCAUCCAUGGUUUGAUGGUUUCGAUUGGAAAGGGGUAACAGACAGUACAGCUCCUGCUCCCCCGGAGAUCGUCUCUAGGAUAAACCAAUACCUGGUAAACCGUACUGAUGACAGCGCGGCUUCUCUGCAAUCUCCUUCCCACGACUCGAAAGAUCUCAACACUCCAGAAUGGCUUGAAGAAUGGUAGCACUUAAAUUGAGGUUUUGCUUUCUUUUUUACUUUCUUUCCACUAUAUUGGGAAGUUGAUUUCCCCAGCACCACAUAAAACGCUAUCGGUUCCCAGAUCAUCUCAACUCUCGUCAAUUCUACCAAAUGAGCCAUAAAUACACAUCUUUUUUUUUUUUUUUUGUUUACAUUUACUGCAGCUCUGUAAAUACAUGAAGAUGUAUAUGGAUAAGAAGUGUUUAGAAUGUAAUUGGUGAAAAGAAUCCAGUUUAGUGUGAUUCUGCCCUCUUAGUGUUUAGGCAUUGGUUAUUGAAGAAUGAUAAAAUUUGCAGCAACUGAGAGUGAAGGGUAUAUUCUUUUAUCAGAAUUCAUUUGCUAUGUAAAGAGACUUUGUAAAAGCUAUUAAUACUACUUUUGUGUAAUCUUAAAUCCAACAUCUUUAUUAAUGAUGCUUGGCUGCUGUGAUUCCAAUUG